AUUGAACUUUUCGGCCGCGUGAAACCACUAUAAAUUUCUGCAUACAACCCAACCAACAAAACCCAAAACAGAAAUGCACAGAUUACCCGCGCCCCUUCUGGUUCCUCUCUAUCUCUCUAUCUUCUUGCUUUCGGCUUUCAAUGUUCCCGCGGCUGGCGACGAGGACAACCCCUUUACCCCAAGAGCUUUUCUGAGUCGUUAUUGGAACAAGGAGGUCCGGAAUGAUUUGCCAAAACCCACUUUUCUCUUCUCCAAGGCGUCUCCCUUGACGGCAGUGCAGUCCGCGGCCUUCGCCAAACUCGCAGCCCAAAACACACUCUCCUCCCGCCUCCCUCAGUUCUGCUCCGCCGCAAAUUUGCUCUGCUUCCCCGAUUUAGCCCCUUCUUUGGCCAAGCACAACAAGGACUCCAACUUUGCUGUCUAUUCCAAUAGGAACUUCACCACUUACGGCUCCAAAAGAGCUGGUGGCAUCGACUCCUUCAAGAACUAUUCCAAUGAUGAAAAUAUCCUCGUCGAUUCCUUCCGGCGCUACAGCCACGGCGCCUUGAGCCACGCCGACCGAUUUUCGACCUAUGGCAUCGACACCAACGUCCCCGACCAGGGUUUUAACACUUACGCCUCCAAAGCCAUAGGAGGUAACGGCAAGUUCACAACCUACGAACAAUCCACCAAUGUCCCCAAUCUCCGAUUUACCAGCUACUCCACCGAUGCCACUGGACGAUCUCAAGUCUUUAAGAGCUACAGCGAGAACGCAAACGCAGGAGAUCAGUCGUUUGCCAACUAUGGAAAACGAGGAAAUGGGGGUCCCAACGAGUUCUCUGCCUACGGGACCAACGCAAACGUAAUAGGCUCUGGGUUUUCAAGCUAUGGGUCCGACGGAAAUGGCGCUAACGACACAUUCACCAAUUACGGUAACGAGCAAAACGACCCACAGAACAACUUCAGGAGCUAUGGGGAGGGUGGGAACGGAGCGAUUGAAAGCUUCUCUAGUUACAGAGACCAGGCGAAUGUGGGGGACGAUUCAUUUCAAUCCUACUCCAAGAACUCGAACUCGGCGAAGGUCAAUUUCGCAAAUUAUGGGAAAUCCGCCAAUGUGGGUUCGGACAAGUUUAGUGGUUAUGGACAGAAUGGGAAUGCGCAAAGCGUGGGAUUCAAGAUCUAUGGGGUGAAUACAACGUUCAAAGAUUACGCGAAACGGGGGAUUAGUUUUGCCCAGUACAGCAAUGUGAGCUCCGGUGGUGCGAAAAUGUCGGUGAACGGGAGUUUGGCGCAGAGGUGGGUAGAGCCCGGGAAGUUCUUCCGCGAGUCAAUGCUGAGGAAGGGGACGGUGAUGGCUAUGCCGGACAUCAAGGAUAAAAUGCCGAAGAGGUCGUUCCUGCCCCGAUCUAUUCUAUCCAAGUUACCCUUCUCGAGUUCGAAACUGGGAGUGAUGAAGAAGAUAUUCCACGCCGAGGAUAAUUCGUCGAUGGAGACUAUGAUGACGGAGACGCUCAGGGAGUGCGAGAGGGCGCCGAGUGCCGGGGAGACAAAGCGGUGCGUGGGGUCGGUGGAGGAUAUGCUAGACUUCGCCACGUCGGUGCUGGGGCGGAACGUGGUGGUCCGGGCGACGGAGAACACGAAGGGGUCGAAGGGGAACAUAAUGAUAGGGGCGGUGAAAGCGGUGGAGGGAGGGAAGGUGACGAAGUCGGUGUCUUGCCACCAGAGCCUAUUCCCUUACCUACUCUACUACUGCCACUCCGUGCCCAAGGUUCGAGUGUACGAAGCGGAAUUGCUGGAUCCAAGGUCUACGGCCAACAUAAACCACGGAGUUGCCAUCUGUCACUUGGACACCUCAGCCUGGAGUCCCAGUCACGGGGCGUUCAUAGCUCUCGGGUCCGCCCCCGGUCGGGUGGAGGUGUGCCACUGGAUCUUCGAGAACGACAUGACGUGGACUGUGGCCGACUGAUCUGUCGCCGCAAGGGGGGAGGGUAUGGGUGUCGUUUAAAAAAUGUUUAGCCGCCACCUCCACGUCAUUAGAACAUGCUUUUAUUUUCUGUUUCUAAUUUGUUUUAGGUUUAGCCAAAGAAUGGUACUGUUAACUGCGAAAGAAUGGUCCUGUGCCCAUAUCUAUGUGCUUCCAUUGCCUUGUUGUGUUGCGAGGGAAAUUCCAUGAGACAGCUCACACGCUUGUUGUGACUCUCUCUCUCUCUCCCUCUAUCUCUAAAUCUAUCCAUUCCCCACUUUAUGGGCUGCUACUUUGAGUCCAAAACAAGAGAAAUUCUUGGUUGAGGUC